CCCAAGUUGGAGCGGGCGUGCAAAGCCAUGCAGUGACCAGCGCUAAGACCUGUUGGUAGCCAUGUCGGAGCCCCACAGGAUCCAGUUCACGUCGCUCCCUGGUCCUCUGAAUCCUGCCUUUCUGAAGAAAUCCCGGAAGGAGGAUGUGGGGGGUGCAGAGCAGCCCCAGGACUCAGAGCCGGCAGCUGCUGCUGUUCGGAUCACCCUCACCCUCUUUGAGCCAGACCACAAGCGCUGCCCCGAGUUCUUCUACCCGGAGCUGGUAAAGAACCUCCGAGGGAAAGUGAGGGGCCUCCCGUCUGGAGACAAGAAGAAAGAGCUCUCGGAUCCUUUCAAUGACGAUGAAAAGGAGAGGCACAAAGUGGAGGCCUUUGCCCGGAAAUUUGAAGAAAAAUACGGUGGCAAAAAACGGAGAAAAGACCGUCUGCAGGAUUUGAUUGACAUGGGCUAUGGCUACGACGAGUCUGACUCCUUCAUCGACAACUCAGAGGCGUAUGACGAGCUGGUCCCGGCUUCUCUGACCACCAAGUAUGGUGGGUUUUACAUCAACUCGGGGACUUUGCAGUUUCGACAGGCUUCGGAAUCAGAGGAUGACUUCAUCAAGGAAAAAAAGAAAAAAUCUCCAAAGAAGCGGAAGUUGAAGGAAGGUGGUGAGAAGAUAAAGAAGAAAAAAAAAGACGACACUUAUGACAAGGAGAAGAAAUCAAAAAAGUCCAAGUUUUCCAAAACUGGCUUCACAGCCCUCAAUGCCAGUAAGGAGAAGAAGAAGAAGAAGUACUCAGGGGCGCUGAGCGUGAAGGAGAUGCUGAAGAAGUUCCAGAAGGAGAAAGAGGCACAGAAGAAGAGAGACGAGGAGCACAAGCCCUCGGUGGCAGCAGCGGUACCCCCCACGGAGGCCCCAAGCCUGCGGGACUUGGAAGCCACCACUGACCCUUUGCUCUCGCUCUUCGGCUCCACGUCUGACAAUGACCUGCUGCAGGCAGCCACUGCCAUGGACGCACUGACAGACUUGGACUUGGAGCAGCUGCUCAGCGAGUCUCCAGAGAGAAGCCCCUUCCGGGACACUGAUGACGAGAGUGAUUCCCUCGGGGUGGGGCCAGACCCGGAACUCAGGCCGCCCUCAUCCCUCCCCGAAGGCCUGCCCGCGCCCCUGGAGAAGCGCAUUAAGGAGCUGGCUCAGGCUGCCAGGGCUGCUGAGGGGGAGAGCAGACCGACGUCCAUCGUCCAGGGCAUCAACGGCAUCCUGUUAGACAUAGAGGUGCAGACUCGGGGACUGAGCAGCCAGGUCCGCUCGGGGGUGUACACCCACCUUGCCUCAAUGCUGCCCUGCAGCAAGGAUGCCCUGCUUCGGCGUGCCAGAAGACUCCACCUCCAUGAGCAGGGCGGGCGUCUGAGGGAGCCACUGCAGAAGCUGAAGGAGGCCAUUGGCAGGGCCAUGCCAGAGCAGAUGUCCAAGUACCAGGACGAGUGCCAGGCACACACACAAGCCAAGGUGGCCAAGAUGCUGGGUGAGGAGAAAGACAGAGACCCUCGGGAACGGGUCUGCUCAGACGAGGAUGACGACGAGGAGCGUGGGGGCCGGCGGCUCAUGGGACCCCGCAAGAAGUUCCAGUGGAGUGAUGAGAUCAGGGAGCUGCUGUGCCAGGUGGUGAGGGCAAAGCUGGAGAGCUACGACCCAGAGAGGAGCCACAAGGCCCAGCCCUGGGAGGACUUCGUGAAGGCGUUCCUGGACGCAGAGGUCAAGCCUCUCUGGCCCAAAGGCUGGAUGCAGGCCAGGACUCUGUUCAAGGAGAGCCGGCGUGGUCAUGGGCACCUGACAUCAAUCCUGGCCAAGAAGAAGGUCAUGGCUCCUUCUAAAAUCAAGGUGAAGGAACCGUCUGCCAAGCCAGAUAAGAAGGUGUCCACUCCCAUAGGCCAGAUUAGUGGCCCUUCGGACCCUCUGGGGGCAAGCAUGGGCACCGGGGCUGCCACAAGGGAGCUCUCCCCGCAGGCUUCUGGUAGCCUAGCCAGCACUGGGCCCAUCACCUUGGACGACUCCCUGGAUGAGGACGUCCUCCGCAGCCCAGCCCAAUCCCUGGAAGCUGUGUCUAAGGAGCUGGCUGCGCUUAACAGCCGAGCUGGCGGAAGUGCUGACUUCACGUUGCCUGUGCCUGCCAAGGCGCCUGCGGAAAAGGCCACCGGCAGUGGGUCAUGCACGGAAGAGAAGCGGCACUUUGUGAAGUCUGGCCCUCCCACAACUCCGUCUGCCAGCUCGCUGCAGUCCCCCCUCAACUUCCUGGCAGAGCAGGCCCUGGCACUGGGGCAGCCCUCCCAGGAGAAGAAGGCAGAAGGCUCGGGCUACAAGGAGCUGGCUGGCCAGCCUGCCCUCAGUAAGAGCCUGCCAGAGACGCACACACCUAAAGCCAAGCACCACAGUGGGGCCCGGCCCUCACAUGGGCCUCCAGCAGCGGCACCAGGACCUGGCCCCCCAGCCAAAGUCUUCCACGCAGGUGCACAGCCGCAGAAGAGCAGCUUCACGCCCCCAGCUCCAUUCGUCACCAAGCUCCAAGGCCCCAAGACCUUCUCCUCCCAGUGCUGUCCCCGCCCUCUCCUCCAGCUGGUAAAGACCAUGACCAAAGGCCAGAGCCCCCACUCUGUCCCAGCCUCCCCAUCUACAGGUACACAGGCCUCCGGUGGCGGCAGUGCCCACAAGGGCUCGGCCUCGUCCACUUCCUCCCUGAGCCAUGCAGCCAAGCAGCACGCAGCCAGCUCGGCAGGGCAGCCGCAGUCCUCUUCCUCCUACAAGGGCAGCUCCUAUGCUGGCUCUGGCUCCAAGCACGCGGCCAUGGCCAGCAGCUCCGCCUCCGGGGGUCCACCAGCCCCAAGCUGCUCUUCCUCCGGGAACUUGCUCCCAGGGCUGCAGCCCUCGUCCACGGGGCAGUCCACCAGCCGGCCUGUGCCCAGCUCGGCAGUCAAGAAGCCCACAGUCUCCCAGAAGCUGACCCUGGUAGCACCACCAGGAGGUCCGAAUGGGGACUCGAGCGGAGGCACCCAGGGGGUGGCAAAGCUGCUGACUUCCUCCCUGAAGCCUACCGUGGCCAGCAGUGUGCCGUCAUCCACCUCCUUACCAAAAGGAACCAGUGGGGCUGUGCUGCUGACCAGCACCUCGCCCGUGAGUCUGCUGUCCCCAUCCUACAAGCCCAGCGGCCCCAAGCUGCCUGGGGCCAUGACCUCGCACUCGCUGGGCGUCCUGGGCUCCAUGCCCUUUCCUGUCCACGUGCUCUCUUUCCCUACCGAACCCCCCUCGGCCAAGCCCUCCAAGGAUGCCAUCGUCACCGGCCCCGCCCCCGGGACCUUCCACCACGGCCUCAGCCACAGUCUUCUUGCUGGCUUGCACGCCAGCCCACGCCCUACAGCUCCCCUCCCACAUGCUGCCUUGUCCACCCAUGUCCCACAGAGCCUGCCAGAUGCGUCUCCACUUCACGGGAAAGGGUCCAGCAUAUCCCGGAAAUUGUGACCUCUGCUCAGAAAGGCAUCUGCAUAAGCUGGGCGGGUCUCAGAAGCUGACCAAGUGUGGCGCUCCUUCUGUAGGCUGGCCUCCUGGAACCAUCCAAG